AUAAAAACGGCGUCGUACGCGUUUUCGUAUUCAUUCGAAGCGCAACCACUUCUCCGUGCGGUCGUAUCGCGGCCACUUUGUUGUUUUAUUUCUCUAUAAUAUAGUGAAUUCGAAUUUCGACCAAGCCCGCCGAUCACAAUGGCUCGCACAAAGCAGACCGCUCGCAAGUCCACCGGUGGAAAGGCGCCGAGGAAGCAGCUCGCCACCAAAGCGGCCCGCAAGAGUGCGCCCGCAACCGGUGGCGUGAAGAAGCCCCAUCGCUACAGGCCCGGCACGGUUGCUCUGCGUGAGAUUCGUCGCUACCAGAAGAGCACUGAGCUACUGAUCCGCAAGUUGCCGUUCCAACGUCUCGUCCGUGAGAUAGCGCAGGACUUCAAGACUGACCUCCGCUUCCAGAGCUCGGCCGUCAUGGCCCUGCAGGAGGCGAGCGAAGCGUACCUCGUAGGUCUAUUUGAAGACACCAAUCUGUGCGCUAUACACGCUAAGAGAGUGACCAUUAUGCCAAAGGACAUUCAAUUGGCCCGCCGUAUCCGUGGUGAACGCGCCUAAGAUCCGUUUGUUGUUUGCAUUGUUCGUGUCUCGUCGUGUCGUGUCGUGUGGUGUGUGGUUUCAAUAUGAAAUAACAUAACAUAACAUAACAUGACAUAGCACAGAGGACACGUCAUCGGACAUCGAAUGUUAAAAAAAAAAAAAAGGCCCUUUUCAGGGCCGCACGUGAUUCAUUUUAAUAGUACCUAACCUAA